AUGGCUAGAUAUAAAAGUUUUAGAGUUGGUCUCUAUAAUGCUGGGUCAAUAAGAAGCAAAAAAUGGGUCAAUGUGGAUAAUUUUCUUGAUUCUCUUACCGACACUUUAACUUCACAAUCCAACUUUGAUUAUUUUAUAUUAUUAGGCGAUUUUAACAUUAACAUUUUGGAUACUAAUGACAGCAAAUCUCUACGUCUCAAACAAUUUCUGACCUAUACUAAUUCAAGUAACUGUAUUUCAGAACCUACACACUUCACACGAGACAGUGCAACGUUAAUUGAUUUAGUUAUCACGGAUGCACGUGUUACAAAUACACUUGUUAAACAUACACCAGAAUUAGGAGGGCACGCUUUUAUUUUGGUUGACUUCCAUUUAAAAAAACCUAAGAUAACACCAAUACAACAAAUUAUAAGACCUAUUAAAAGUAUCAAUAUGCUUGCUUUUCUAUCAGAUCUCGAAGCUAUAAAUUGGGAUACUAUCACAGGGUUUAGCUGUGUCGAUCAAAUGUUAUCUGAGUUUUCCAAAAAAAUUUCAGAAUUAUUUGAUAAGCAUGCUCCUGAGAAAUUAGUAACGUUUAAAAAAAGACAACUGCUAUGGUUCACUAGUAAUGUUCGGUACAUGAUGCAACUGCGUGACAGCGCUCAUAAUAAGUAUCGACAAACAAAAGCUGAAAGUGAUAAACUCAUUACAAAUCUCUUAAAAGACUAG